AUGUCAGCUAUACCAGGGUUUGGUGGCGAUUUGAAUAGUAAUAUAGACGAAGAUUCUAGUAUAAAUAAAUCGAGUUUCGUGGAAAUUAAUGGACAAUCGGAAUGGAGGUUUGAAGUUCCAUUUAGAACGAUUAUGAAGUUGAAAGUGGUCAACGGUAUAGGGGAAAUAUUUGGUACUGAAUUGCCUUUGAAUGUUGAAAUUCUGCUUACAGGGGUAAAAUAUGCAUUGUAUGCACCAUUGGAUGAAGGUUGUAAAGUUGAAUAUUACUGUACUCCCAAUAGAGCCAAUUCGACUUCUACAAACGAAGAAGAUGAAAUAAGUGAAUAUAUAAGUGAAGAAACUUCAAUGAAUCACUAUAUGAAUUUACAUUUUGCAUUGGAAUCAUAUCGUCAAUCUAUAUCCGAACACAACUUCGUUAAUACUUCGUCGCAAAAGACAGGACCACGAGUAUUGGUUGUGGGUAAUCGCCAUUCGGGCAAAACAGCACUUGUGAAGACACUUGCAUCUUACGCAUGUAAGAUGGAUAGAAGUCCUAUAUUGGUCAAUUUAAAUCCUAGAGAUGGUGUGUUCUCCGUGCCAGGGUCAUUGACGGCCACACCAAUCAGUGAUGCAUUUGACGUAGAAAGUGUAAAUGGAUGGGGUGGAUCAACGACAUCUGGGUCCACAUUCCAUAAUCCAAAGCAACCAUUAGUUAAAAAUUAUGGAUUUACUAGCCAUUCAGACAAUCUAGACUUAUAUAAAUAUCAAAUAUCGAAGCUCGGAGUUGCGGUAGUGUCUCGUAUGGAGGAAGACAUAAUAGUUAAGAAUAGUGGAUUACUUAUUGACACACCUCCGUUGUCAAUCAAAGAUUUCACAAUUAUUGAGAAUAUUGUAUCUGAUUUCGAAGUUAAUAUAAUCGUGGUUAUAGGUAACGAAAGAUUAUUGAUUGACUUGAAGAAGAAAUUCAAGCAUAAAAUAGCUUCAUCGCAACUAGACUUUAUCAAAGUUCCUAAGAGUGGUGGUGUCAUAGAGGUGGAUGAUGCUUUUAUAAGAAAAUCACAAGAGGAAAGCAUCAAAGAAUAUUUCAAUGGUACUAUAAGAAAUCCUUUAUCUCCGUUUAAAACAGAGCUUGAUGCUAAAGACUUUGUUAUUUAUAAAUGUGUUGAUAGCCUGGAAGCGAAUUCAAACAUUUCUUUCCUUCCAUCUGGAGAUUCAUUUACUCCAGAAGCUUCAGAAAUGACAGAUGGAGAUAGGAAGGAGGAAUUCUCUCUCGAAACAUAUUAUUCACGAUUACAAGAGCCUAGUUCUUCGAACUUGGAUAAUUCGAUUAUUGCCAUUACCCAAUUGCCACAGAAUAACAAACUGACUAGGGAUUUAUUGAAUACUUGUAUUUUAGGAUAUGCUCAUGUUUCUAAGUUUGACGAUACUAAGAGUAAAAUGAAAGUAUUACUUCCCUUUCCUGGUGCGUUACCAAGAAAUAUUUUAAUUUCUACAAGCAUUGGUUAUACUGAAUAG